AUGCCUACUACCUCGACUACUUUCCCUUCCUAUCAAGAGCGGCUAGAUGCGGGUGCAAUAACCCUCACCCCCGACGCAGCCCGCAUCUUUUGGAAGCUCCAAGGACCGCUGUCAACCUGCGUCUUCGUCGUGGAGGAUCACCGCAACAUGGAGUCAGCUCGCGAGCCCUACGCCCGCCAGGAUUCCUGGCACCCUGUCUCCCAGGCAUCGGUCACGGAACCCAAAAUCGGGUCCAUCGCCGUGACUGUGGACGCCCUGCGGCAGUGGCAAGAGAACUGGCUCGAGCUGCAUGAGCGACAUGCAGACCCCGACGAUGACGAUUGCGUCUUUGGGAAGCUAGAUCCAGAGUUGUACGCUCAGUCGGAUGAUGAGGAGGAGAACGACGAAGACAAUGAGGAAGACGGACUGGAACUUCUGCGGUGCUGCGGUACAGACCGACCCGCCAAAGGGAAGUCCCUGAUUGUCAAACCUUCGGAUGUUUCAAAGGGAUAUGUCACGGUCCAUGACUACAUCUCAGCAGUCCACCCGUGGCUGAUGGGUAUUAGGGAAGAGAUUAUCCAAGCGGAUAACGUGUGGGGAGACAGGACGGCAAAGGACUACGAAAGGCUGGUGGUCGAGUACAACAUUCCGCGAACUUUGAUGAUCAUGGACGAAGACAGGUUUCUCAUGGCAAACGGCUCAAAGCAAAGGCCUUCUGCAGUCAGUACCACUUCAUCCGGUAUUGAUUGGGCCGCAGUGGCGCGGGAACCUCCAAACUAUAAGGGCAUGUACAUCCCCAACCUAGACACUAUGCCCAAGCACCUGCUGCCCAAGGACUUGCAGUAG